GAAGACCAAGUCGCUCGCUCUCUCUUACUUAAGUUUCAAUGGUUGUUGGUUCCAAGAAGCACCUUAAGCGCCUGGCGGCGCCCAAGCACUGGAUGCUGGACAAGCUCACCGGCACCUGGGCUCCCCGCCCCUCGACUGGCCCGCACAAGCUCCGUGAGUGCCUGCCGCUCAUCGUCUUCCUCCGAAACCGCCUGAAGUACGCCCUUACCCACCAGGAGGUCAAGUUCAUCCUCGCACAGCGCCUCGUCAAGGUCGACGGUCGUGUCCGCACCGACAUCACCUACCCCGCUGGCUUCAUGGACGUCAUCUCGAUCGAGAAGUCGAACGAGGUCUUCCGCCUGCUCUACGACGUCAAGGGCCGCUUUGCCGUCCACCGCAUCACCGCUGAGGAGGCCAAGUACAAGCUGUGCAAGGUCCGACAGGUCUCCACUGGCGCCAAGGGUGUCCCGCUCCUCGUCACCCACGAUGCUCGCACCAUCCGCUACCCCGACCCGCUGAUCGGCGCUAACGACUCUGUCCAGGUUGAGCUCGAGACUGGCCGCAUCAUCGAUUUUGUCAAGUUCGAGACUGGCAACCUCGUCAUGAUCACUGCCGGCCGCAACAUCGGUCGCGUUGGUGUCAUCGUCUCGCGAGAGCGCCACGAGGGCGGCUUCGACAUUGUCCACGUCAAGGACUCGCUCGGCCACUCGUUCGCCACCCGCAUUGGCAACGUUUUCGUCAUUGGCAAGGGCAACAAGUCUUACGUUUCGCUUCCCCGCGGCAAGGGUGUCCGCCUCUCUAUUGCUGAGGAGCGCGACCGCCGCAUCGCCGAGAAGGCAAAGUCCGCCUAAAGUCGCUCGGAAGCCUGAUUCGUGUGCAUCUUUUUGGACCUUGGUGUGCUCGUAUUUGUGCAUUUUCUUGCUCCUUUGACGGGAAAACUGCUCUGUUGUGAUUUUGUCACUUCAUAGUAAUUCAAAAAUGAUUUCAAUUCAAAAACG